AUGGAAACCAUGUUCACUGAGCUGAAUACAAAGUAUGAUAUUGUGAGCAACCACAUUGAGAGGAUUGAUGUUCAGCUUGCUCAAACAGCUGAGAGUGUCAAGAGGCAGCAAGGUACCCUUCCUGGAAAGAGUUUGAUGAAUCCUAGAGUUCAGCACUGGAAUGCAGCAGAGCUGAGAUGUGAGAAAUCUGAGGGAAAUGAACCGGAGAAACUGUCUGUUGAGACUGAUUCAGGCGCAGAAGAGAGAACAGAGCAGCCUGCUAGCUCUGAUGUGACUGCUCCCGGCGAACCUAUUGAGAUUCCAUCAGUGCGAGUCUAUGUUCCUAAGGUUCCAUAUCCAAUUCCACCUAAACAUCUGAUGGAUCCUAUUAAUGCAGAGCAGCUGGCUGGGUUUAGGAAGAUGGUAAGAAGGCUUCCUCAAAAUAUCUCAUUUGAACAUGCUUGGGAGAUUAGGCCAUUGCACAUGUUCUUCAAAAAUUGCAGAGAAUCUCAGGAGGAAAUCAAGGCACUAUUUACUGAAGCACUGACACCAUCGCUGAAGGUACUGCCUAAGGUUGAUGACCCUGGAAAGUUUGUUUUUCCUUGUUCCAUUGCUGGAGUGGAAUUCAAGGAAGCUCUUUGUGAUUCUGGGUCUAGUGUGAACCUUGUCUCAAGGGCGAUUGUAGACAAGCUGAACAUUGUAGACAUUGAGCCUUCUCAGGUGAAACUGGCUUUUGCAAACUCUUCCAUGACAGUCCCUUAUGGCACAAUUCGCAACCUUUAUGUCCAAGUUGGGAACUAUAUUCUUCAUACCGAAUUUCAGGUUGUUGAGAUGAGCAAGGAUCAUGAGAUGCCUUUGAUCUUUGGAAGGUCAUUUAUGGCUAUAGUUGGAGCAGUCGUCGACAAGCCUAAUAAGAGAGUCUACUUCUCCAACAUCAACAAGAAGUUUUUCUACAAGGCUGUCCCAACCAGAUCACAAAUCCGCUACGCCUCUGGCAUUUCAGUGGUUAGUGGAGAACAGCUGGAAAUUGUUCCUAAGAAGGAGCUUGGUAAAAAGGGUGAGAUCAAAGAAGUCCUGGAUGAAGAUCCUCACACUGAUACCAAGAAACUCAGUGGGAAUGCAAGGAUGAAUGGAAAAGUCCAGAAGAAAAGGGUCAAAGGUGACCCUUUGAUGACUUUGAUAUCUCGGUUGUGUGAUGAGAAAUCCAUUGAGUAUUAG